GAUAUCCAAUCAGCGGUCUCCGGCGCCGGCGGCUGUGGAUUACGUGGGCCCCGCCCGGUGGUCCCGGAAGGAGCGGCCACUGGAGCCCGAGGCCUGGAGCUGGAGGCAGUCUUUGCCUGGAGGGAGGACCUGCCCACUGGCCUGGAAGUCAUUACAGUCAUCUUCUUCACGUCAUCAGGACUGCUUGAUUUCAGAGGGUACUCCAGCCUCAGCCAUCCUCAUCUUGGCCUUGACUUAGCACACUCCUCCGCACUCCCACGAAUGAGAGAAAAAGGGGAUAUUUUAUUCAAGGAAACAAGAACAGGCUUGGACGGAGGGAUGGAGGCCAGGGCCACAGACCUUGCUGAUGGUGAUAGGAGUCUUCAUGUGCAAGUACGACCAAUGGCCUCAGGAGAUGAGGCUGCCCUUAGGGAGCUCUUAGCGGUGGUGGCGGCAGAGCUGGGUUCAGCCCUUGGAGCCCGGAUGCUGUGGCGGCCAUGGUUCCUGCUGCUACUAGGAUGUGGCUUUGCACUCCUGGCAGCCUCCUCCCACUCCCUGUUGCUUCCCUUGCUGGUCCUGGCACUGCUCCUGGCUGUCGGCCGCCCUGCGUUGGCCCACGUUUGGGCUCUCUAUGCCCACCAAGACAUGAGCCUUGGUCUGGGGGCUCCAGGGGCCACAGACUUUCGAUUCUGGGUGGCUGAGGACACAGAUGGCAGCGUAGUGGGCAUGGUGGGUUUGUCAGGGUUUGGGAAAAGUGGAGAUGGGGAGUUGGAGCUGAGGUCUCUGGCUGUGGGCCAAGAGCAUCGGGGUCAUGGGGUGGGCAGGGCCCUGUGCCAGGCUGUGCUGGCCUUUGCCCGUGGCUACCCUGGCUGCCGGGUCGUGGUGCUGGACACACAUAUGCUCCAUAGUCCUGCCCGGCGGCUCUUCUCCAGCCUUGGCUUCCAUCCAGGCCCUGCAUGCCUGCAGCCUACACUUAGUGGAUUCCUGGCCGACCUCCCUGUCACUCGCUACCACUAUGCCCUGACUGGCAACAACACAGAAGAGCGCAGCCCAAGGGAUGAGGAGUAAACUUCUACUUGUCAGCUAGGGGACUGAGCCUCCCACCCCCCAUCUGCCAGCCCAGAGAUGCCUCUGUGCUGAGGCUCCUGGCGAUGGGGGGGGGGGCGCCUUAUGGCAGCUCAGCAGCCUGGAGACACAGUUGGUGAGCCUGUGAUGGCAGGUGCUGGAGCUGUGAGGUGGGAGGAUGAUUGGGGGGGUUAGAGGUGGUGAUGGGUGAGGAUCAGGAUCAGAUACGUUUCCUGGGAAUAACUUUCAGGGCCCUGAGCUGAGAAACCAUAGGGAGCUGGAGGGGGCAUUCUGCUCCAUCUGGCAUCUGAAAGAGGACACAAAGGAGUUCCAGCUAUCUGCAGGGCAACUGGGAUGGUCAUCAGGCCAUACGAGGUUUGGUUGAAAGAACCCAAUGGUCAGAUGGGAUGGGCUGCGCGGGGAGAGAAUGGAUUCACCAUUGCUGAGGGGCUUCAGGUAAAGGCUGAAUGAUCACUUGUCAGAGGAGUUAAGGGGGUGGGAGAUGGGACAGAAUUCCUGCUCACGAAGGGGGCGGAUGGCUUGCCCCUCAGCCUUUUCCUGAGUCUCAGAUUCUGAGGCUAGGGAGGCUGAUCCUGUACCUAGCACAUAGACAUUGAAUAAAUACCUGUUGGAUUGGGGUGUGGACAGGGCCUAAGAAAAUAAAACUAUUCCCCACCCUGUUCAGCUCUGUUUCUGUCUGUAGGAGACUUUUCAGAGGAUUGUUAGAGAUGACAGUGGGCAUCUGGUACCUCCCUUCUCUUAGAGAUAUUGGAUCUGCUUGUGCCCACCUCAUCGCCCCACCCCAUCUUUCCAUCGAGGCUGCUCCCUGAGUGGAACCUUCUCCCAGGGGUCCUCCUGUAGGGUUAUCCUGAGGACCGUUGCUCAGGGCUUCUACCUUUCCCAGCUAAACUUUUCUGAUCUGUGGGCUCUGACCCACUCCAACCCGAAGGCUGCCUGGCUCCCUGGGCUUCCCAAGGGGACCCGCUGUGGUGGAAAGAGCAUGAAAUUUGGAGUCGAUCCUACCAAUGGCGAGGGAGCUGUGGACGCUGCCCACGGGAGGCAUCUCAGAUUCUUGUUGGGUUGAAGAUCGGGACAUUUCACAAGACGGCUUACUGCUCAGGGCCUCUGUCAGAAUGAGGUCUUAUUAGACCUACCCGGUCUAAUAACUUGGCACGCCUUGAGCAAAGUGCUUUGUAAGUCAAUUAGCAAGUAUUUGUCACGUGCCAGCAGCCGUGCUGGGUGCUGGGGUGCAGACAGAGUACCAGAGAACGGACAGACGUUCUGCUUGUUAGUGUGUCCUGUAUUAUCUUGGGCUGCUGCCAUCUCCUGGUGCCUCAUUCUAAUAUCGCCAUCCUUUUUUCCCUUUUCUCUCCUGUGGCUGUCUCCUCCUGACAAACUAGGCAUUUCCUAUGAUUGAUUUCUUAGAGAAUAGACUCAGGACUAACAGGAGGGUAAGUCAUUAGAUGUAAAUCAUAGGUAAGCAAAUUCCCCACCCCAGACUGAGCAGCUCCUAAGCUGUGGCCCAGGGCUUCUUCCUAGCCUUGCAGGCUCCAGAGGUCACCUGCUCCCCUUCCUACCUCAGGCAAGAGAGAAUGGGUAACUCACCUCAUCUCCCAAAAAGCUGCAGGCAUUGGCCAGAUUUGGCCUGAUGGGCUGAGCUCUUUGACCCAGUCAGAAAUAGCCAGCCAGAGAGUCUCGUCUUGUCCAUCUCUCCCUCCAUGGGAAGCCUUUUCCAUCUCUGUGGAGCUAGCCAUUGGGUCCCUUUACAGGCCUGGGAAGGGGGCUGGAGUUCCUGCAGGCCUGUGAGUUCCAGAGCUUGUCCCUGACCCAUGUCUGUUGUGGGCCAAGGCUCUAGUGGCUCUGGAUGGGGUGCACAUUGAAUCCAGCUGGUUCUGGGCCCCUGGGAAAAUGUCAGGGAGCCAGGUCAGGCAAAGGGACAUGGGAGUACAGACGGGAGGGAGAGUCUGUGAAGUAGGCCUGCCUCUCUUUACUCCAGUUUAUGUCCUUGUUUGUGCGAUGGUAGUGGUGGUGAUAGUCAUAGGAGGUAGUGUAGAAAGUGAGACUCAUAAGCCCACCUGGCAGGCCCUUAGGACCUGAGGAGAGGGCCCUAAACUGAAAUUUGGCGUGUGUGUUUUGAUAGGAAGACUUACCAAACUUGGACCACUAAAGAGCGACCCUUCUGGGACCUCUAGGAAAGGCUGUUCAGUGUGGAACCUUUUCCUACUGCAUGAUUCCUGAAUCUGUAAUUUUCUUUUUCCUUGUGAAUAAACCCUAGAAAAUU